AUGGCAAAAUUCUAUGAUUGCCCCUCGCUUCUGAUUUACAAUGACUCCACCUUCUCGGAGAAGGAUUUCGAGGGGAUCUGCCGCACCAACGUCGGGGGAAAGAAAAAUAGAAGUGAUACCAUUGGCCAGUUCGGACUUGGUCUGGCGAUCAUAAUAUCGAGGAAUGACAUACUCUUUUUGAAUCCAUCCAGGGAGCAUCUUCCGUUCAAGGACCGUGCUGCUCUUAGGAUGCCAUUGAGCCACAUUAGAGAAUUCUAUCCCGACCACCUUACUGCACUCGAAGGCGUCUUUGGCUUCAAUAUGAUCGACACGGGUUCCUUCCAGGGAACAAUAUUCAUGCUUCCGCUCAGACAAUCUUCUCACUACGAAGGUUUUGAACACGUGUCAGACGAGCCUUGGACCCCUGAGAUGGUCCGAAGGGAGAUCCUGGAAGAUUUCGAGAGUAUCGCCGCUGACUGCCUUCUGUUUACCGAAAUUGUGAGUAUAAGUGCCUCUUCUCGAAACAGAGGAGGCAUCAGGGAGGAGUGGACAUUAAAUGCUGCUCGUGAAUCCCCUCUUUUGGAAGGGAAAUUCCGAUAUAGAAAACUCACCAUUUCCCACUUGCCUGCGACCGCUCAUCACAAUUCACGUACCUGGCAAAUUGCAACUCAAGCUGUUGCAAUAGAUACCUUGUCGCAUGAUCUCUCCUCUGUAUCAAAGCGGCAACCCAUGGUCGGACUUGCCGCGUCUUCGGAAAACAAAAACGAGCAUAGCAGAGGGUCACAUCGUUUUUUCUCAACUCUCCCACUGCCAGUAUCGACGUCUCUUCCCGUCCACGUAACUGCAUCCUUUGUUCUUUCCUCGGACAGGAGGAACAUUCGGCUCGAUGAGUUUGAUAACCUUGAAACGAAGUACAACAAGUGGUUGCUUUCCACCAUUCUUCCACCGCUAUACCUUUUCCUCCUCGCGAAACUAUCUUGUUUUGGAGAUAAUGGGCAUCUUUGGCCAGGAAACACAACUGACGAUAGUAUUUCUCGGCUCGUCACGUCAACUUUCUACUCGAUUCAUCUCAAGUCCUCCAAAUUGCCCGUGUUCCGCAGUGAAUUCCAUCCAUUUCCGGUUUAUCCAGAGCAAGCUGUCAUAUCUGGCAAUGAACUCGAAGCUGUUUCCACCGCACUUGACUUGAUGAAACCCCAUAACAUCGUUAAACUCUCGUCUCCUGUCCGCUGGCGAGUCAUCCAGGAUGCUGGUAUGUCAGCAGUUACGCCACAGUAUCUCAGAACACAGAUUCUUUCCGACCCUACCAUUCUCACCUCCACGUUGAACGUGACGGCCCUUAGCAAUCUGGUCCGGUUUCUGGUUAGAGAUGGUGUUGGGGCGGUUGUUGACCUGAACAUACUUCCUCUUCAGGAUGGUACCUUUGGCACCUUCAUGCCGAAAUUGAACAACACGUCAUACUACGUUUGGAAAAAAUCUUAUGGGACCCUGAUCUUUCCACCCAAUCGCAUUGUCAGCUCUGAGUUUGACGCGGAAGGCUUGCAGAUUCUCGAUGUCGAUCUGAACAUAGCCUCACUUGACUCCUUGAAUGUCAGCACGCUCACCAGGGAAUUUUUACCAGAAAGUGAGGAAAUGACGAUCACAACGCCCCCCCUGCUGGACUGGAUAAAAUCGUUCUGGGCUACGUACUUCCUCCUUAGCAUGAAUGAGAAGGACAUUGAACUACUUCCGCUGGUUGCUACGAUGGAGGCAGGGCAUUUUGUCUCGCUCUCGUACUGCCGUACAAAUUCGGUAGUGCUCAGUAAUGAGGCUGAACCAUCAUCCGAAUGGCUUUGGGACCUUCUCCAACAGCUAAGAAUUUUGACAGUUCGAAAGGAUCACUUGCCAAGGGCGUUGAAAGGCAUCCUCGAAGGAAAGGAUUAUCCCACAUUCAACUUGAGCAUGUUGCUGUCCAUUAUGGAACCGUCUAUCUCGCAAAUUGUCGAGCAAAUCCAGUCCCUUGACGAACAAGUGCAACAUCAAUUUGCAUCCUGGUUCAGGCACAAGCUUUCUUCUUCAGAACUUCGCCCAGAUCUAAUCGAUGUUGCACGCAGCCUUCCAAUUUGGCCUGCAGCUUGCCAGAAUCAGCCGGAGAGGCUAUGCGCCGCUUCGCAGGUUCUUCAGCUUCCUUCUGGGCUGACCUUAAAGGUAGCUCGUUUCAUGAGAGUCCUGGUCUCUCCAGAGCUCGCCCUCAAGUCUCUGAACGUCGAACCCAUAUCAUUUUCGGACCUACAUUCGGUGUUAGAUUUGCCAAGGGUACUUGUGGAAAACGAUAAACGAAGUUACAAGGCUCUCUUGAGGGCAUGGGUGAAUGGGUUGCCAGCGUCUGAUGUGCAACCACUUCAAGUUCCAAAUUGCAACCUCGUCAUGCGUUUAUCCAACUCCCUCUACGCUCGUGACCCUCUCUUCGAGGCUGCUUUUGGACCAAACUCUCCCUCAUUCGUUCACAGUCGGUUUCAAGACCUGGAGGAACACCUCUACCGUCACGGCCUUCAACGUCAAAGUAGUCUCACGAUGACGGUAUUCGCCGUUUGUGCACGCGCUUUGCAACGCUACCCGGCCGACGCAGACAAGACAGCUCGAGCCGCGGUCGUGUUCGCCUCCUAUAGCGAAGACCUUCCUCUUCACGUUGGCUCAGCUCAACGACAUCUAUGGCAUACCGUUGACAACAUCCGAUUUAUACCUCGCAAGAUGAACGUCGCCUGGGAAUUGCAAUAUGUGCAACAUCUACCAGAAGUAGUAUCACCGAACGAAUUAGUUCGCGAGGAGUUUGAGCAUAUUGCUUGGACUCAACGGGCUUUUUUCAAUGAGCAGCCUGACCAACGUGUUUUACUUGCUUACCCAGGGCUUGGGAAACCAACUGUUUCGGACGUGGUCAUGCAUCUUCGAAUACUCAGCAAGUUCUCCCGAAGCGACACUUUGUUGAGAGACGUGACAGCAACAUAUACAUUCCUCAACGACAAUGCAGAGGCUGCUCGAAACGUCAUCAUUCAACACCACGAUGAGAAGAUCUUCCUCAACGUCGAUGACACAUCCAGAGAUGAGUGGACGUGGGAGGCAGCUGAUAAUCUCGCGUUUAGUACCCGUGACAUUGAAGAGGUUCAGCGAGUCCGCCACUUCUUGACGCCGUUCAAGAAUCUACUGCUCUCUGCAGGGGUUGUCCCAGUCUAUCAUCCCCCAGUAGGAGAUGCUUCUCCGUCAACUUCGGACAGUGUGCUCCUUCUACAGAUCAGGACCGGCUUCAACGAGAUGCGCAAGGCGAGGCAGUUCAUUGAUGUCGUUUUCGUUCCCUCCUCUGGAUCCCAACUAGGGGAGGGCGAGAUCGAUCUUGAACUCGUUGCGCACCGGAACUUCCUGGCCGUCUACAGCGACUACUUCCGCGACGCUUUUUGUGGGGAUUACAAGGAAGCGCUCGCGGCAUCGUCAAGCGAUCCUAUAAGGUUUCCUGUAGAUCAUUCAAAGCCAUGCAUCGCAGCUGUACUGGAUUAUAUCUACUCUGGAACUUUCGUGGUCGCGGGUCUGCCUGACGAGGAAACAUCACUAGGUUUGGAUGAUCUUAUGGAUAUUAUGAAGCUUUCGGGGUACUGGCACCUUACGGGCCUGUUUGAACUCGUUCAGCGGGAAAUUGCAACCAAGGGACUCAUCGACCCUACGACGCUGACUCAAACUUCCGAAGUCGCAAGUUCAAUUGGUGCGACAUUAUUGCUUGACUAUUGCAGGGAGUACGAAAGUCACAACUCGGAGUAUAUACGAAAGGUUAGAGGAUAG